AUGGAUUCACGAGAAGAAGAAGAAGAAGAGAAGGAAAAGCAUCCAAAGCGCGACGAGAAUCCACCGUCGCGAGAAGAAGAAGAAGAAGACGGAGCGAUGUCGAUAACAAAGAAACCAAUCGUACCUCCGUUACACGCAGCCGCGAGAGAAGGUGACCUCGAAUCGCUCUCCAAACUGCUCGCAUCACAUUCUUCCCCGACCACCACCACCAACAACAACAACAACCACAUCAUCAACGAACGAGACAUGCACGGACGAACGGCGAUACACUUAGCGUCUUGGGCGAAUGAAAAAGCAAUCGUGGAAAGAUUGCUCGAUUUUGGAGCGGAUGUGACUGUUGGUGCCGCGGAUGGCGUGCAGGCGAUACACUUUGCAUGCAUGAAAGGGCAUUUAGGUAUCGUCAAAACGCUCCUCUCGCGAGAGAGGACGAAUCGCGCGAACGUUCGAGCGAAAACGAGCAAGAACGAAAACUGCAUGCAUUUUGCCGUCAAGAGUGGUAACAAGGAGUUGGUGGAGUACUUGGCGAAGAAGAAUGUCUCGGUGCUUUUGAAGAGCGCGAAGCGUAAGUACGCGGCGGAUAUGACGAAUAAGAGGGAGAUUAAAGAGAUCGUCGAACGAUUGAAAGAGACGCAGGAGAAGGAGGAAGAGGAAAAGAAGAAACGGAAGAAGAAACGGGAGGAGGGUGAUAAUAAUAAUAAUAAUAAUAAUGAAGAUGAAGAUGAUGUAGUUGUAGCGGAAGACGACGCGGUCGUUUUAGAGGCGGCGGCGGGGCCGAUGCUGCCGCCGCAUUUGAUGACGCGGGAGUGCCCGGGUACGAGCGACGAUGAAAACGAGAAAGAAGACGAAGAAAAAAUGGCCGCGAGUAAAAAGAAACGAAAGAAGGAGACGAAACCGCCGAUAAUGGGUUUGAGCUUUGGCGAGGAAGAUGAAUAG